UUUAAGUAAUGUCAGUUAUAAUUUACCUGCAAAUUAUUUAUCAUAAUCCGGAUUUCAACCCUCCUUUUGGCAGUCGGGUAAAAAUUGGACGAGGUUGCAAUUUUUCGACCCUAAACAAAUGUACUCAUGCCAUCUAUCGUAUUUCAAAAAUACUAUUAAGUCAACGAGUUUGAAGCUGUUUUAGUUAUGUUGAUACGAGAUGGCGCUAGUUAGAUACUGAAUUGUAACCCAACUAGAAGUAUGUGGCUAGUUUGAGGUAUCAAAGAUAGAUGUCGUGUUACGUAUCUAUUUAUUUGUUAAAUUCUGUUUUACGAAAUAUUAGUCUGUAUUGUUAUGUAUCUGAUAUGUAAACAAAAAAAUAAUAAAAGAUAAGUAACUUAUAAUAGAUACUAAAAUCAACUCAAAAUCUCAAAAAUCAUUUCAAUAAAAGCAUAGAACCUAGAACGGAGAUUAAAAAAUUAACCACCAUUGUCAAAUAGAAAUCCAAGUUGACAUCGUCACAUAAAUGGAUUAUAAACAAUCACAAAAUCAUGAAAACCGUUGUGAACGGCGGUAAAUUAUACCUCACUUAUUAUAAUGAAGCCAAAAGUAUUCGUUGCCAACAUAUUAUCAAGGUAAAUGAAGGUUCAGUCUAGCCGCGUUGAAGUGAAGACAAGCCGCCCUUGGAUGGAAUGUCCUCAGCUCCCAGAUGACAGCGUCGCUACCCCAGGCCUGGCAUUCAUCUACAACUUGGACGAACUGAUCGUGACCGAGCAAAGGGACGUCUUGCACGAUAUCAUAGGAAACAAAGGCAUCGCGUACACUAUCUUCAACAGUACCGGGCAGAAAGUGUUCCUGGCAGUGCUAAAUAAAAAAAUUCGAUAUUUCAACAUAAAAAUUUUCAACAACUACGGCAACGAAGUUAUUAAUGUCCAAAGACCUUUCACUUGGUGGAGAGCCAAGGCGCUAGUGUGGGCCCCCCCUGGACACUUCGUGGGGUCGGUACAUGAACAGUCCAAAUGUUUAUUGAACAAGUACACAGUUAGGAAUCAAGAGGGCACGAAACUGUUGAAAAUAUGUUCGGAAGGCGGCCGGUACGAGUAUAAGGUGUACCUAGUGAGCACCAGGUAUGCCAUCGGCGUGGUGAGGGAACAGUGUCCCUCUGGUGAUAUCCUCAAUACAAAGAACUUCGGCAUCUCGUUUCCCGCUGAAAUGAACGUGUAUGACAAGGCUGUGCUACUGGGAGCAUGUUUUCUCAUCGGUUUCUACAAAUACUAAAUGGCAACAGGUUUCAAUAUUAUGGAUUCUCUAUUCUUAUUAUUAAAUAAAUCAUACAUAAACAACAUUUUAAAAAUAAUUGUGCUUAUUUAGUAAGCUUUAUUAUUCCUGUUUCUCUACUCUGUUUAUUUAGUUCUGUUUAAUCAAAUAUGUGUAAGAGCGCCUACAAGAUAUACGAGAGCAAAACUCUAGAACUAAGCCUAAGGCGCUUCAACUACCUUCUAUAAAAUUGUUGAAUUCGCAGUAAAAUUAUCAUAUCUAUUGAGAUUCUAAUGAUAGUUUUCAAUUCAUUUGUGUAUUUUGAAAAU